UAAAAUAUAAAUAGAUAUCUUGAUAGUUGGACGCAAGAGCCAAGCUGCUACGCGCCCUAAACCAAAACAACAAAACAACAACGUUUAUCUUCAAUUCACUCGAACUGAAAUAGCUGCAAUGACUAUGGAAGAUUCUGCUGUUCAGCGUUCCUUCACGACAUUGCUGAAGGAGGACCCGGAGAUGUCCGUUGCCUUUGCUGCCAUCAACACCCUUCUCACUGACCUGGAGACCCAUGAAUACGAGACUAUGAGCGGUCUAAUGGAGCGGAUGGGCCAGCUGCAGAAGAUCCUGCAGGCCAGUGAGAAGGCCGGCGCGUCCGUCUCCUCGGGCACCGAGCUGUUUCUGCGCUCCGUCACGCUGAUCGCUAACCUCGACAAGAAGGGGCAUCUACGGGAGAGCCAGAGUCUGAUGAUUGAGCGCGGCCGCGACUUUAUCCAGCAGUACUCGGGGGCGCGCCAGAAGAUCGCCGACCUCUGCGACCCGUUCAUCAUGGACGACAUGACCAUCCUCACACACUCCAGGUCGCGGGCCGUCAGAGACGCUCUCAUCAGGGCGAAGAAGGAGAGCGGUAAGAACUUCCGCGUACUGGUCACCGAGAGCCAGCCGGACCGGAGCGGUGCCGAGCUGCGCCGGGAGCUGGCCGCCGCCGGGAUCGACUGCACGGUGAUCCUGGACGCGGCGGUGGCCUACUCGAUGGAGUCGGUCGACUGCGUGCUGGUCGGCGCCGAGGGUGUCGUCGAAAACGGCGGCAUCGUCAACAAGAUCGGCAGCCUGGCGGUGGCCAUGAGCGCGCACGCCUUCAAACGGCCGCUGUACGUACUGGCCGAGUGCGUCAAGUUCGUGCGGCUGUACCCGCUCAACCAGCAGGAGGUGCCCGACGAGUUCAAGUUUGCGCUGGUGCGGCCCGGCUCGGAGGCGCGGGACAAGACCAACCCUCUGGUGGACUACACACCUCCGCGCUACAUCACGCUGCUGUUCACCGACCUGGGCAUCCUCACGCCGGCCGCCGUGUCGGACGAACUCCUGCAGCUCUACAUGUGAGCGGCUGCGUACGGACAAAGACCUGUGUUUGUACUGUGGCGGAAUUCCUUCAGUUUCAUAGCUCACCUGACCGAGGACUCCAAGGGCUGAGGGCUACAUGAACUCCUUACGCAAGCUGAUGAAAUGAUCAGGACUCCCUCAGACCUACUGCGGCCCUGUAAGGAGCAGCUCUGUCAGUCACUAGCGAAGCUCAAACUGGGCCAUCGCUGGCUAAACAGCACCCUGCUGCGCAUACCGGCCUGGCUAAACCCUGCUGUGUAUGCUGGCUGACGGUGGUCUGGGAGUUUUGCAACAGUGCCCGUCUGCCACCCGGCCAGCCAGUCGGUCGGUCAGUGGUCUCUGCCCGGCCGCUGGUACCCAAGGUCGACUAUGUAAUGUGUAUCGGACGCGGCCCCGGCUGGAUGUCCCAGAUGAGGGCGUCUUCAUGGUGAUUUCUCGGCGAGACAGCCAUGAUCUUCUGUCCGUGGAGGUAUACGAUUGAACCUGUCGUGGGAUCUGUGCUGUUGGAGAAGGGUAUUGGUUGACUUGGGUUUGUGAUGAAUGAUAGCGUAAGUCGUUCGGUUUGUAAGUUGUUCAUUGCAAGCCAUAUUUUGUACGUAUUUAUGACGCUUGUGUGAAAUACAGAAAAAUAAAUGUUCAUUGUUCA